AUGUCAGCUCAACCAAACGGAUUGUGCGCUUGCACACAGGUUAGGGAUGAUUUGCACGCGUUGCUAGAAUCACUGAACAACACGUCACGAUUGUUGGAAAACUUCUCUGAAACUCUGGCCAAUGGAAUGCUACUGGGGAUGGGCGGAUCUGACUGCGACAACAACACACUGUUGGCAGAUGGGGAUUCAGGCUCAGAGAGCAAAGGAACGCUCUUGAACGUGUUACCUGCGGAAUCUAAGAUUGCUUCAUUUCCUCUCACCCACAUUGAGAAGUUCCAGGAAACUCUCCAGAUCCAGAGUACCUAUUAUGUAGUCCUGGAAGAGGAUUUUGACGCGUUACCAUUGAUUGCACUUUACAUUUCAAACAAGACAAAGACAGUAUGUUGCUCUGCCGUAGUGGAGUCGCUUGGGCUCUGGCACGCUAUUUUAUCAAAUGCCUUGAACCAACAUUGUAUAAUCGCUCCAAUACGCGGCGUGAAGGUUAAAAGAUUGCGGGAAGUUAUUUCAAACUUACUUGCAGACUCAAGAUUAUUUGCUGUUUUCCUCGCCUUUAAGACUCUGGCUCUCAGACAUAUCGACUAUUCUGAAAUGGAUUGUUUGUUGUACUGGGGUUUACCGCAGAAGGACUAUGUUACAGAGUAUCUUGCAAACGAUAUCCGCCAGGCUCCUCACACUUGCGUGAUUCUCACUCAGGAGGAAUUUGAUAGGACGGACACUCAAGAGAAACUCGAGAUAAUAGGCGCUAAGGCUCACCCAAACUUGGAUCUAUUCAACUCGUUUGAAGAGUCGAGUCUUCUCUCAAAAUCUCGCACCGCCAUCGAGAUAGAGCUGACUAUGCAUAGGAAUGAAAGCCUUAUCCAAGCAUCAUACCUUGGAUUUACUAUGCACUAUAAAGCUGGCGGAGGUCAAUAUAACCAUUGGUCGCCGUCAGAGGUCCUUCACCAGGCUAAUCAAUUCGCAUCAAAAGUAUUGCGCCGCGGUUCCUACGCCGGCACAAACCAGAGAUUCCGCCCACUUGGCCCCGAGUUGCAUCUAAGGCCAAAGAUCUUACGGUCGCUUGGGUUUGGAGACCAGCCAUUAGCCAAACCCUCCAAAGCUAGCCACGAUGCAGCAGAAGCCUCGAAGAGAAAAGGACCAAGCCAAAAUUUAGACGAGCAACACGGACAGGCAAAUGGAAUAAUAUCUAAUCCUCUUACCGUAUCGCUCAAACAUACUUACUUGGUCCUGGAAGAAGAAUUUGACGCUAUCCCCGUAAUAAUGCACUUGGCCGAACUGCACCGAAAAGUCAUUUGCUACAUUUCUCACUUCACAAAGCUACCUGCGUUUGCAAACAUAGUUAGCCUCUCUCAUAAACUCCCCUAA